AUGGUAUCGGCAACGUCUGCUCGAUGUCCAACAAAGUUACCAACAGAGCUAUUGGCAUCUUCAUUAGGUGAAACAUUAGGUGAAAUAUUAGAUGAAACAUUAGAUGAAACAUUAGAUGAAACAUUAAAUGAAACAUUUGAUGAAACAUUUGAUGAAACAUUAGAUGAAACAUUAGAUGAAACAUUAGAUGAAACAUUUGAUGAAACAUUAGAUGAAACAUUAGAUGAAACAUUAGAUCAAACAUUUGAUGAAACAUUUGAUGAAACAUUAGAUGAAACAUUAGAUGAAACAUUUGAUGAAACAUUUGAUGAAACAUUAGAUGAAACAUUUGAUGAAACAUUUGAUGAAACAUUAGAUGAAACAUUUGAUGAAACAUUUGAUGAAACAUUAGAUGAAACAUUAGAUGAAACAUUUGAUGAAACAUUUGAUGAAACAUUAGAUGAAACAUUAGAUGAAACAUUUGAAGAAACAUUAGAUGAAACAUUUGAUGAAACAUUUGAUGAAACAUUAGAUGAAACAUUAGAUGAAACAUUAGAUGAAACAUUUGAUGAAACAUUUGAUGAAACAUUAGAUGAAACAUUUGAUGAAACAUUUGAUGAAACAUUAAAUGAAACAUUUGAUGAAACAUUUGAUGAAACAUUUGAUGAAACAUUAGAUGAAACAUUAGAUGAAACAUUAGAUGAAACAUUAGAUGAAACAUUUGAUGAAACAUUUGAUGAAACAUUAGAUGAAAUUAGAAUGUAG